AAUAAAAAGGGAUGUGACAAAGACAGUGAAAGCAGGCUCGGAGCAAGUUCAGCGUCAGAUAUCACAUUGAGCAACCUUUCCCCUCAAAGCUCAACUACUACGGUGGAGCACGGCAUAGAGCACAUGGAGACAAAAAGCAGGGAAGCCAUGCAGGCUGACUUUGACGCCUUUGAUAUUUCGGAAGAGCUUGGAUUUCUCCUUGAAGAGCCUCUGACUCACCUUCCAGACUAUUAUCAGGUGUGGCUGGACCUGGCAAAUAAUCUGACACAUCUCAUAGAAACACAGAAGCUGAGGGACCUGGUUCAUAAGAUGCCGGUCUUGAGCCCCCACCUCUUGAGUAACCACCGGGAGCUCCGGCUGGCUCACUUAGCGCUGGGAUUCAUCAGCAUGGGAUACGUAUGGCAGGAGGGACAACACGCACCCGCUCAGGUUCUCCCAAAAGCCCUGGCGCAGCCUUUUUGGCUGGUAUCUCGAAGGCUCGGCAUUCCACCCAUCCUGACCUAUGCAGAUUCAGUUUUAGCCAACUGGAAGCUAAGGGAUCCCGCAGGGGAUAUGGAAAUUGGAAACAUGGACUUGAUAUUUUCCUUCCCUGGUGGUGAGAGUUGCAGGGGUUUUUUCAUUGUGUCACUGCUGGUUGAGAUGGCCGCCAGUUCAGGAAUAACGGGGGCCCUGGAAGUGAUGCGAGCUAUGAAAAUCUCUGACCUCAUCGGCAUACAGAACGGUCUCGUCAAAGUAACUCAGUCCUUGAAGAAAAUGAAAGAAACUUUCAAACUCAUGCACAAUCAUGUGGAGCCAGCCGCAUUUCAUGGAACACUGAGAAUUUUUGUCUCAGGGUGGAGAGACAACCCCAUGCUUCCAAGGGGGCUGUUGUAUGAAGGUGUGAGCAACGAGCCGAUCUUGUUAUCAGGUGGAAGUGCAGCCCAGAGUUCAGCCAUUCAAUGCUUUGAUGCUUUGCUGUCCAUCCAGCAUGGCGGUGAGACAGGAGCCUUCCUAACACGCAUGAGGGAGUACAUGCCUCCUGCCCACCGUCAACUGAUAGAAGCUCUCUCUGUGUGUCCACCUCUGCGAGACUUCGUCCUGUCCUGCCCCAGCUCUGACCUCUGCCAAGUAUACAACUGCUGCGUCUCUGCGUUGGUGGAUUUACGGAACUAUCACCUCAAUACUGUGUCCAAGUAUGUCAUUGUGCCUGGUAACCAAGCCAAGUCCAUGGGCUGCCCACUCAGAGGUGGGUGCACUGCGUUGAACACCAUUGGGACUGGUGGAUCCAGCCUCAUGAUCUUCCUCAAGAGUGUUCGCAACACUACCCAGAAAGCUCUAAUCUUAGAUAGACCCUCAGCAUCAAGAGAAACUGAUAUUUAAUUUUAGGCAUGUCAGUGUGGUAGGUUUGUGUGUGUGGCUCCAACCAAUCUACUUCACACAUGGAUGAGCGAUUGUAAUAUUUUAGAUAUGCACGGGACCAGAGGCAAUUACUCUUCAGCGAAUGGGCAUGUGCAGUGACCCCCAACCUUAAACUACCAAUGGACGAUUUGCCGUGACAUCUGUGUCAUAAACCUCUCAUAAGGGUCUCUCUCCGAAGCUGCCCGGCAAAUGCAAUGCUGCUGCUGCUGUCUGUAUGUGAACAUGCUCGACACGUUCACUAUCAAACAUCAGUUACUUGCAGACUGUUAGUCGUUUACCCGAAUGAGACCUCAUACUGCUUUCUCUUCUUAUGUCUAUCAUGUGAAGGGCACGACUGUGGUUGUUUGAGAAUAAAAUGCCAACACCAGCAUUUCUUCCUCUGCAAUUUGGUGCUGGCACUGUGGGCAGCAUUUUUGUGCCAGACUGUUCAUAAUAACCUCAAAAGAAAGCCACACUUGUUCAGCGAAUAGCUGAUAUGCACCUUAAACACUUUUUACCACAAAUAGUGGUGCAAGAGUUAUUUAUUUUAUUUUAUUUUUUCAAAUUUCAAAUUGUGUACUGGCAAGUCAGCUGAGUUCCCCAGCCAGUGCCAUGUAAUGUACUGAGUGGUUGUGGUUUGUGUCUGUUUGUCAGUUCUUUUCACAUUUGAUUCAAAGGUUGCUGUUUAAUUUUCAUACAAUAACAACACUUAGGUCAAUGUGCCCAAAGGUUGUGUAUGGUCAUGAAUGUGAUAUUGUAGGUACCUGAAAAUUCGUGGAAGUGUUUUUACAUGUUGUGAAACUACAUGUGGGAACAUAUGAAUACAUGGGAACCAAAGAAGUCAGUGGAACAAUGUUUUUCAGGAUGUGGUUAGAUGAGAUGAAUUCUUGGAAGAGACUGUAUUCAUGACUAACUACUUCCUGCUACUCUUCAGAUCAACUUGUACCAGGAGAGAAGAAUUAUCAGUCACUUAUUUAUGAUUAAGAUGUUCAUUGUCAGCAAAAAUGAUGAGAUACUUAGCAUAAAUAUAAAAUGAGAACAAUGUAAAUGUCAUUUUUUAAUGUUACUAAUUAAACUGCACUUUAUAUAAUAAAAAUUGUGAUAUCGCCAUGCUUCAGAGACGCUCUGAGAUGCAGUGUUGCUUUUAAUUUAUUUGGGUUUAUGGAGUAAAUGCAUAAUUAGCAAAACUCAAA